AUAAAGGGGGGGUGUGACUGGAGGGGAAAGUGAAUGGCGAAGGACUGAAGGGGUCCCCCUUCGGUUCCCCAGCCACCUAGUUCACCCGGUUCAUCCUCCCUUCCCGAAGCUAGCCCUCGAAGGAAGGAAGGAGCAGCCGGCGCCUUCGGCAGAGGAGGAGGAGGAGGAGGAAUCGCGUCGGGCGGAGCUUCAGGUCCUGUUCGCCUCUCCGGCUUCUCCAUACAAAGAUUACGGUGCAGAAGGAAAUUGCACUCUCCUCCUCCGCUCCCCCCCCUUCCCCGGUACCCAGCACAAUGCACCAGCCGCCGGACUCCACCGCGGCGGCGGCCGCUGCUGCUGCUGCCGACAUUAGUGCUAGGAAGAUGGCGCACCCAGCAAUGUUCCCUCGAAGGGGCAGCAGUGGUGGCAGCGCCUCUCCUCUCAAUGCAGCAGGUACCGGCGUCAGUGGUGCUGCUCCAUCUUCUGAGGAUUUUCCUCCCCCUUCGCUGCUCCAGCCGCCGCCUCCUGCUGCAUCUUCCACACAGGGACCACAGCCUCCGCCUCCACAAAGCCUGAACCUCCUCUCGCAGGCUCAGCUGCAGGCACAGCCUCUUGCGCAGGGCGGAACUCAGAUGAAAAAGAAAAGUGGCUUCCAGAUAACUAGCGUUACCCCAGCUCAGAUCUCUGCCAGCAUCAGCUCUAACAACAGCGUAGCAGAAGACACCGAGAGCUACGACGAUCUGGAUGAGUCGCACACGGAAGAUCUCUCUUCUUCCGAGAUCCUUGACGUCUCCCUUUCCAGGGCCACUGACUUAGGUGAGCCGGAACGCAGCUCCUCAGAAGAGACUCUGAAUAACUUCCAGGAAGCUGAGACGCCCGGGGCAGUCUCUCCUAACCAGCCCCACCUUCCUCAGCCUCUUUUGCCUCACCUUGCACAACAGAACGUUGUGAUCAAUGGGAGUGCUCAUCCGCACCACCUCCAUCACCACCAUCACGUCCAUCACGGGCACCACCUUCACCAUGGACACCACCAUUCAUCCCAUGCUGCUGUGGCCAGUGCAUCCAUUCCCGGAGGGCCGCCCUCGAGCCCACUGUCCAGAAAACUCUCAACUACUGGAAGUUCUGAUGGUGGCGUGCCAGUUGCGCCAACUUCUGCUGUAUCAUCUAGUGGCGCGCCUGCAUCAGCGAUGACUAACAUCCGUGCUCCAAGUACUCCAGGCAGCAUAGGUUUAACUUCUGUUACUGGCACGAACGCAGCAAAUAAUGUUAACAUUGCUACCGUGGGUAGUUUCAGCCCCAGCGGGACAAGCGGCGUGCAUGGUAGUGGUGCCACUCUAAGUACGAGCAGUGCUCCUAAUGCUGCGAGUGUGAGUGUUGGGGCUGGAGUUAGCAGUGGUGUUAAUGUGAAUGUCUUAAGUGGCAUGGGCAAUGGUACAGUUUCUUCCUCUCCUGUUGCUAACAGUGUCCUUAAUGCAGCUGCAGGUAUCACUGUGGGAGCGGUUUCAAGCCAGCAGCAGCAGCAGCAGCCGCCGCAGCAGCAACCACAGCAACCACCAACAGUUAACACGUCAAGGUUCAGAGUUGUGAGGUUAGACUCCACUUCUGAGCCUUUUAAAAAAGGUAGAUGGACUUGCACUGAGUUCUAUGAAAAAGAAAACGCCUUGCCGGCUAUGGAAGGCGUGGCCCUAAACAAGGCCGUAGAGACUGUGAAGCAAACCCCCACGGAAGUGUCGUCGGAGAGGGAGAGCACUAGUGGGAGUUCAGUGAGCAGUAGUGUCAGCACUCUGAGUCACUACACAGAGAGUGUGGGAAGUGGAGAGAUGGGAGCCCCUACUGUGAUGCAGCCCCAGCCGCUGCCACCAGCACCUCCGGGUCUUCAAGGUGUGGCCCUCCAACAGAUAGACUUCAGUAGCCCUGGUCCGCAGAGUAUUGCAGCAGUUAGUAUACCGCAGAGUGUUUCUCAGUCACAGAUGUCACAAGUACAAUUACAGCCUCAAGACUUGAGCUUUCAGCAGAAGCAAGGUCUUCAGCCUGUACCUCUGCAAGCCACUAUGAGUGCAGGGACUGACAUCCAGUCUUCACCUGUCAACGUGGUUGGCGCGACGUCAGCCAUGGGUCAACAGCCUUCCAUUUCCAGUUUGGCUCAACCCCAACUGCCGUAUCCUCAGACAGCUCCUCCAGGGCAGACUCCUCUUCCAGGGGCACCCCCGCAGCAGUUACAAUACGGGCAGCAGCAGCCAAUGGUCCCUACACAGAUAGCCCCAGGCCACGGCCAGCCAGUGAUGCAAAAUCCUACUUCUGAGUACGUACAGCAGCAGCCAAUCCUUCAAGCAGCGAUGUCCUCUGGGCAGUCCAGUUCUGCAGGCAUGGGAGCAGGAACAUCAGUGAUUCCUGUGGUUCAGCCACAGGGCAUCCAGCUGCCAGGGCAGCCCGCAGUGGUACAAGCACAACCUGCAGGGGCCCCUGGGCAGCCCAUUGGCCAGGCACAAACAGCAGUGUCCGCCGUCCCAGCUGGCGGUCCAAUGGCAACUGUUGGUCAACAAGCAAACGUGCCCGCUGCAGGACAGCCACCCUCUGCCCAAGUUACACCUUCAGUUAUUCAGCAAGGUGCUCCUCCGUCUUCACAAGUAGUUCUACCUGCUCCAAGUGGGAUUAUUCAUCAGGGAGUUCAAACUAGUGCUGCAAGCCUUCCUCAGCAAUUGGUUAUUGCGCCACAGAGCACCUUGUUAACUGCGCCUCCCCCAGCGCAGGGCGUAGAACCGGUGGCCCAAGGAGUUGUUUCCCAGCAGUUGCCUGCAGGUAGUCCUUUGCCCUCUGCUAGUAGUCUUUCCGUUACAAAUCAGGUCAGUUCCGCAGGUCCUUCUGGAAUGCCUUCUGCCCAAACAAACUUAGUCCCACCACAGAAUAUAGCACAGCCCCCAGCCACCCAAAAUGGCAAUUUGGUUCAAAGUGUUAGUCAGUCUCCCUUGAUAGCCACUAACAUAAAUUUGCCUCUGGCACAACAGAUACCGCUAAGUUCUACUCAGUUCUCUACACAAUCAUUAGCUCAGGCAAUCGGAAGCCAAAUGGAAGAUGCCAGGCGCCCAGCGGAGCCCUCCUUGGUCGGCUUACCUCAGACUACCAGUGGCGACAGUGGGGGAGUGUCAGCAGUCUCAGAUGGGAGCAGCUGCAGCAGCCUAGCAGCCUCUGCCUCUCUCUUCCCGUUGAAGGUGCUACCGCUGACAACACCCCUGGUGGAUGGCGAGGAUGAGAGCUCUGGUGCAAGUGUGGUAGCUAUCGACAACAAAAUCGAGCAAGCUAUGGAUCUGGUGAAAAGCCAUUUGAUGUAUGCAGUUAGAGAGGAGGUGGAGGUUCUGAAGGAGCAGAUCAAAGAACUAAUAGAGAAAAACUCCCAGCUGGAGCAGGAGAAUAAUCUAUUGAAGACACUGGCCAGUCCGGAGCAGCUUGCCCAGUUUCAGGCCCAGCUGCAGACUGGCUCCCCUCCUGCCACCACGCAGCCACAGGGGACCACACAGCCCCCUGCACAGCCAGCGUCCCAGGGCUCAGGAUCAACCGCAUAGCCUGCUAUGCCCCUCCCGACAGAACUGGCUGUUGCUGUCUGAACUGAACAGACCGAAGAAGAGAUGUGCUAGCGAGAAACCGCCUCCACAGUCACUCAUUUCAUUGCUGUCUACGAAAGAGCCGUGAGACUCACACAUGCCAUUCUCGCUUUUUUCCCCCAGUAUUAAGCACUCAUAUGCUUUUGGCUUGAAGAAAUGUACUAGUUGAGUGAAUUAAAGGUUAACCAGAGAAUGAGCAUGGAAAGCGCCCUGUGCAGCUCGGCAGAUGUCUGAGGAAUGGUUUAAUUGAUGCCGAGGAGCUGUGUGCCUUUUCAACCCUUCCAAGCCGCCCACCCUGCUUCCGAGAGCCCUGGGGGCUUGCCUACAUGGGGCUCAGAAGGUGGGCUGUGCCAGGAUUUUUUCGGUCUCCUCUUUUUUCCCUUCAAGGAACUUGAGAGGCCAGAAACAAGACUGCAGUGAGGGGGGCCGGGGGGAAUGCAGUCAUUUUACAAACCGACAACUGUCACCAAAGUUUAUAAACCACAGUAGUACUGUCCCUCUUUUCUGAAAUAUCAGAAGACACAAAGCUAUUAGUGGCAAAACGGUGACAGGUAGCUGGGACCUAGGCUAUCUUAUUAUGAAGGUUGUUUUGCUUAUUGUAUAUUUGUGUAUGUAGUGUAACGAAUUUGUACAAUAGAGGACCGUAACUACUGUUUAGGUUGUACAGAUUGGGAUUUAGAUGUUACAUUGGCUGUCUGAAAAGGUGUGGCCUGUCCUUCAAAGAGAGAACUACUUAAAAACUGCUUCAUGGCAAAAACCACACCUGAAGAAAAUUUUAAAAAUUUGGCACAGUUAGUUACUUCGUGUAAUGUGAAAUCUAGCUGCUGAAUCUUGCAAAGUCAAUUCCCAGCUCACUGAUGAACAGAUCUCGGUUGAGCUGGUUGACUACUUGGAGGAAACGGUCAGUUGCUAGGGAGAUAGGGGUUUCUGCAUAUCAGCUGUAUAGUUGGAUGCAUACGCUUCUGUGCAUGUUCUGUACACAGUUACCACUGUAUUUCACUGUUGUACUCGUCACCUUUCAAUAAAGCAUAUAAAAUGUUGAUAAACAAA